ACGAAAGCUAGUGACAAAAAGACGAAGUCCGAGAAAACGAACGAGUCGAGUCCUACUGCGAAUACUGCAACUUCUAGUAGUACCACUCCGUCUUCGCCUGGUCUCGGGAAGUCACAAACUGCAAACUCACCAACCGCUUCCACAACCGUAAAGGGCCACGUUAAUGCUACACCUGAACAAGCACAACAAGACGUGCCUCGUUCCGUCAGCUGGGUCGAGGAGUAUGCUAACGGGCAACCUCCUGCCUCGACUUUUGCGGGAGACGGAGAGGAGGAAGAGGAAGAAGAAGAUGGUUUUGACCUCAGUGACCUGGACCUAUCCGAUUUGCGAAAAGAGGAUGUAAUUGCCUUGAUUCAACAGGGCGUCCUGGGUCCGGAGGAUGUAACUGGUUUGACAGGGAUUGAAGGCUUAGAAGGUUUGGAUCUCGAAGGACUUCUUGGGAGUCCCGAUGUCAGAUGCGAUGACGAAAAAGAAGGUAAAAAAGGAGAUGAUGCUAGCGACAGUGAUAAGGACGAUUCAGAAGACGAGGAAGAGAAUUCCAGUGAAGAUUACGACCUCCCGGAUGAGCCCAUUGAUUUGGAGAAGAUCAUGCGAGAGAGAGGGCAUUUACUCAAAGAGGAUGCGGAAGAAGAUGGGGAUGAUGAGGGAGUAGUAAAAGAGGCGGAUGUUCUUGACAUAAGAACAUCGACCACUGCAGCAGCAGCAGCAUCUUCUUCUCCUUCUGCUUCUCGUGGUGCUUAUGUACCACCUCAUCUUCGAAAUGUUUCGAAAAAGCAAGGUCAUUCUGAAAAAGAGGAUGACGCAACUAUCGACAACACUACUUCAUCUUCCACAACUUCCGCCACUUCUUCGUCAGUAAAAUUAACGCGCUGUUUGAACAAGCUCUCCGAGG